CAUUCGUUCCGUCAUUCGCAUUCGCUCGCUCGACCGUAGCGUUAGUUCGUCAGCGCCGCGUAUUUUGUGAAAUUUUAUUAAAUAUAGAUUUAGUAUUUGGUGAUGUAGUAGUGUAGUGUGUAAUAAACAAACAGCAAAAAUGUCGCUUGAAAUCCCGUUAAUGAGCACGGACGAGGUGAUUGAGUUGGAUCCGGAGCAAUUACCUUCUGGAGAUGAAGUGCUUAGUAUACUGCAGCAGGAGAGAUCGCAGCUCAACGUCUGGAUCAAUGUUGGGCUUGCAUAUUACAAACAAAAGAAGAUCGAUGACUUCCUCAAGAUAUUGGAGGCCUCCCGUACGGAGGCCAACAUUGAGUACAGGGACUUUGAAAGAGAUCAAAUGCGAGCCCUCGACAUGUUGGCCGCAUAUUAUGUACAGGAGGCCAAUAAAGAAAAGUUGAAAGACAAGAAAAAAGAGUUGUUCACUAAGGCAACUCUUCUCUACACAAUGGCUGACAAAAUUAUUAUGUAUGAUCAAAACCAUCUCCUUGGUCGAGCAUACUUUUGUCUCCUCGAAGGUGAUAAAAUGGAACAAGCAGAUGCCCAGUUUAACUUUGUGCUGAACCAAUCUCCUAACAAUGUGCCUUCGUUGCUCGGUAAAGCAUGCAUUGCAUUCAACCGGAAAGAUUACAGAGGAGCAUUGGCUUUUUACAAGAAAGCUUUAAGAACUAAUCCUGACAGUCCAGCUGCCUUAAGAUUGGGAAUGGGUCAUUGUUUUAUGAAGCUGAAUAAUCAGGAGAAAGCAAGAAUGGCCUUCGAAAGAGCAUUACAGUUGGACCCACAGUGUGUCGGCGCCCUUGUGGGCUUGUCUAUUCUCAAACUGAACUUACAAGAGAGUGAAUCAAACAAAAUGGCUGUGAUCAUGUUGUCAAAAGCUUACGCUAUUGACCCCAAAAACCCUAUGGUCUUGAACCAUUUGGCUAAUCAUUUCUUUUUCAAAAAGGACUAUAGCAAGGUACAGCACUUAGCUUUACAUGCGUUCCACAACACGGAAAACGAAGCCAUGCGAGCAGAAAGUUGCCAUCACCUCGCUAGGGCGUUCCAUGCUCAAGGCGACUGUGACCAAGCUUUCCAGUAUUACUACCAGGCUACUCAGUACGCGCCACCCAACUUUGUUCUGCCACAUUACGGGCUGGGACAAAUGUACAUCUAUAGAGGGGAUACAGAGAAUGCAGCGCAAUGUUUCGAAAAAGUACUGAAAGUCCAACCAGGAAACUACGAAACAAUGAAGAUUUUAGGAUCUUUAUACGCAAACUCUCCUUCACAAUCAAAGCGAGAUAUUGCUCGCCAACAUUUGAAGAAGGUCACAGAACAGUUCCCAGAUGAUGUUGAAGCUUGGAUUGAAUUGGCACAAAUAUUGGAGCAAAAUGAUUUACAGGGUUCUCUCAACGCGUAUAGCACAGCAAUGAAGAUUCUGAAAGAGAAAGUGAAUGCAGACAUACCUGCAGAAAUAUUGAACAAUGUGGCAGCCCUACAUUACAGACUCGGGAAUUUGAAUGAAGCCAAGAAUUAUUUGGAAGAAGCUCUUGAAAGAGAAAAAGCCGACGCAGAAACAUUAGAUGCUCAAUACUACAACUCAAUAGCGGUAACAACUAGUUACAAUCUGGCGCGGUUGAAUGAAGCGCUGUGCAUGUACAACAAGGCUGAGAAACUAUACAAGGACAUCUUGAAGGAACAUCCCAACUACAUCGAUUGUUAUUUGAGGUUAGGUUGCAUGGCCCGCGACAAAGGACAAAUCUACGAAGCUUCUGAUUGGUUCAAAGAGGCUUUGAAAGUGAACACGGAACAUCCAGACACUUGGUCGUUGCUAGGCAACCUGCAUUUGGCUCAGCAAGAGUGGGGACCGGGACAGAAGAAGUUUGAAAGGAUUCUACAGAAUUCUAGCACUUCUAAUGAUGCUUAUUCGCUUAUUGCUCUUGGUAAUGUAUGGCUCCAAACUCUACAUCAGCCUUGUCGUGAGAAAGACAGGGAAAAGCGACAUCAAGAGCGUGCGCUCACUAUGUACAAACAAGUACUAAAGAGUGAUCCCAAGAAUAUAUGGGCGGCUAAUGGAAUUGGAUGUGUGCUUGCACAUAAGGGUUGUAUAAACGAAGCUCGCGACAUAUUCGCUCAAGUGCGUGAAGCGACGGCCGACUUCCCCGAUGUUUGGAUGAACAUCGCUCACAUUUACGUCGAACAGAAACAGUACAUCAAUGCUAUACAGAUGUACGAGAACUGCGUGCGCAAGUUCCGCAUGCACCACGACGUGGAGUGGCUGACGUGGGUGGCGCGCGCGCAGACGCUGGCGGGGCGGGCCGGCGCCGCGCGCGCCUCGCUGCUGCGCGCCCGCCGCGUCGCGCCGCACGACGCCGCGCUGCAGUACAACACCGCGCUCACGCUGCGACGCCGCGCCGCCGCCGUAUUAAAGGACGAGCGAUCCGACCUCCGCGUUGUACUUCGCGCAGUACACGAACUACACGUGUCUCACCGUCACUUUGCACGCCUGGGUGAGGCCGAGGCAGGAGCCGCUGCGGCCCAAGAAGCUAGAACUUGUGCUGAUUUAUUGUCUCAAGCGCAGUGGCACGUCGCCCGUGCGAGAAGGCAACAUGAUGAAGAGCUUUCGCUCAGAGAUAAACAACGUGAGCAAAGAGAGGCUUUCCGCAGACAACAGGAAGAAGAACGCAAACGUCGCGAAGAAGAACAACAGAAGAGCACAGUGGAGAUGUUACAGAAGCGUCAAGAGUACAAAGAGAAGACGAAGAACGCUCUGUUAUUCGCCGACAUGCCGACUGAGAACAAGUCGAAAGGAGGCGGCCGCGGCAGGAGAAAGGAUGAGUACGUGUCAGACUCACCUGGCAGUGGAAGCGAAGGACCUAGAGAAGACAAACGUGAGCCGAAACGUAAACGCAAACGUGAGCCUGGCGAGCCUCGGAAGGGAGGUAAACGUAAGAGUAGGAGAACCUCUGGCAGCGAUAGUGAUCGCGACCCACCUAAGAAACGAGGCAGGAAGAAGGGUGAAAAAGGCAUCGGUAAACGCGAAAAGGCAAGAGCAGCGAAGGAAGCGGAUAAACUGGGCGCCAAACAGCGCGCGAAGAUUGUUUCCAAGGAAACGAUAUCGACUUCCGAAUCGGAGUCGGACACUUCUCGCAAGUCCCGGAGUAGAAGUCGCAGCGGCAGUGGAAGUCGGAGCGGUGGAAGUCGCAGCCCUCCGGCGAAUAAAGGAAGGAAACGGAUCAUGUCUGCGUCGGAUAGCGACAGAUCAAGGUCCAAGUCAAAAUCUCGCAGUCGAUCAAGGUCGGGAUCCGCAAAAAGUCGUUCAAGAUCCAAAAGUAAAUCGCGUUCUAAAAGCCGUUCCAGAUCUAAAGGCAGGUCUAGGUCUAAGAGUGCAUCCAGAUCUAAAAGCCGUUCAAGAUCCAAAAGUAGGUCUCGUUCAAAGAGCCGUUCCCGGUCUAAAAGCGUUUCUAGAUCUAGAUCCAGGUCAAAGAGCAGAUCCCGUUCAAAAUCGAAGAGCGUAUCGAGGUCGAGAUCCCGUUCAAGGUCAAAGAGUGGAUCCCGAAGCAGGUCUGGCUCCCGAGCUGGAUCCCGCGCAUCCAGAUCCAGAUCCCGAUCUGGAUCGAGGUCAAGAUCAGGAUCCAGAAAUUCCCGACCAGACACACCAGUAUCAAGAAAAUCUGUCUCCGCCAGUGAAGAUGAAGCUUAGAUUAAGUUGUAAAUAUUUCAUUAGUUUUAGGGUUUUGUCUUUAGUUUUCUUUACCUGCAAGGUAAACUUAUUUUUCAGUUAUCUGUAAGUAUAUGUAUUUACAAAUGUACUUUCGUUGUUCUUGAGCUAAUGGACAGUUAGGACAGACGCUUGAUUUAUUAGGAAGGAGUGUUUAAUUGACACUGGUUAAUAUCAGAUUAGUUGAUAGUCAAUUGAAGGACAUUUAUUUAGAUGGUGUUUAGUGAUCGGCACUCGUAUUUGGGUUGUUUACAAUUUGGAACGCACUAUGCCCGUUAACUAAGUUCCAUAGGUCGGUAAGGGACCAUCAACAAGCAAUAAUUUAAAUGUGCAAAUUGAUUGUGCUAGAUUUUGUACAAACAUUUUGCGCAAUGCAAACAUUGUAUAGUAUAUUUUGUACGACAUUUAUUUACCAGUUGCGCUAUUUCAAGUUUAGCCACACCUUACUUGCGCAAAGCGUACUAUGAUGUAUAUAAUUUGCGCAAAGUAAAUUGGCGUUUGCGCAAUACUAAAUCAAUAAGCGCAGCAUAUGUUCAUGAUGACUCUAGAUAUUGUCACAUUAAAAGGAUUGGAUUUUUUAACGGCACGUUGGUGUCUUGAGUGAGCAAAUUUAAACUUGUGUUACUAAAAGAUAUAAUAUUUACAUAGCUUCCUGUCGAAUGAUAUUUACACUACUUAGAUAAAUAUUUUAUACAAUUACCGAACUUCCUAAUCUAAUCUUCCAGUGUAAUGAAAUGCUAGUUUAGUUCUUUAUUAGCGCAGAACAUUGGAUUGUGGAACUUAGAAAUAAACGCAAUUGUAAAACAUGUCAGUAUUUGAUUUCAAUCAUUUGAAGUGAAAUAAUAAUAUAUUCGCGGCAUUUAUCUUAUUCAUAUUGCAUGAUAACUAAAAUUUUGGUAGUCUGGCGACUUCAUUUCAAGUCUUAUUAUGUUGUGUUAAAGUUGCUUUUAGGACAAAAAAAAAUAGUGCUUGAUUUAUCAUAUUUGUAUGUUAUCUGAUUAUUAAAUUAUUCCGACGUUCUGCGCUAAAUAGUUGAUCUUUCUGUUACUAUUUUCUUAGACUAUUUCUAGACUUCAAGUUAUUAUAGCUCUGUUCUUCUCAAAUCUUGUACCUAUUAUGUUCUGAUAUUUUAAAGAGCGAUGAUUGUAAACGAAAUAAAAAAUAUAAAAUGUCA